AUGGGUAGAGCUACAAUUAAAUCAGGUAGUAUUAAUCUAUUAAAUACUAUAAUAGGUGCUGGUAUAUUGGCAAUGCCCUAUGGUUUAAAAUCAAAUGGUGUAUUAUUUGGUUGUAUACUAAUUAUAUGGUCAUCUUUAACUUCGUCAUUUGGUUUAUAUUUACAAAAUAAAGUAGCUAAAUAUACAAAUCAAAGAGAUCAUUGUUCAUAUUUUAGUUUAGCACAAUUAACUUAUCCUAAAUUAUCGAUUGUAUUUGAUUCAGCAAUUAGUAUUAAAUGUUUUGGUGUUGGUGUAUCAUAUUUAGUUGUUAUUGGUGAUUUAAUGCCAAAAAUAAUGGAAAGUUUAAAUGUAACAAAUCAUAUUCUUAUGCAUAGAAAUUUUUGGAUUUCAAUUUUUAUGAUUUUAAUUGUUGUACCAUUAAGUUAUCUUAAAAAAUUAGAUUCAUUAAAAUAUACAAGCAUAUUGGCAUUAUUUUCAGUUGGUUAUUUGAUUUGUUUAGUUUUACAACAUUAUUUUACUGAAAAAGUACAACAUAAACAUAUUGAUUGGUUUGGUCCAAUAUCGAUAAAAUCGACAUUAUCUUCAUUUCCAAUUUUUGUAUUUGCAUAUACUUGUCAUCAAAAUAUGUUUGCUAUAAUUAAUGAAUUAAAACCAAAUGAUCAAGAUGGUAGUCAAACAAGACAAUCCAAUUUAAUUAUACGGAAUGCUAUUUCAAUUGCAUGUAUUUCAUAUUUAAUUGUUGGUAUAUUUGGAUACUUAACGUUUGGUAAUAUAGUAAAUUCAAAUAUUAUAACAAUGUAUUCGAAAGAUUCAAUAAGUUCAUUAAUUGGUAGAUUAUGUAUUGUUAUAAUGGUUAGUUUAUCAUAUCCUUUACAAUGUCAUCCAUGUAGAGGAUCAAUAAAUCAUGUUAUUCAUUUUAUAAUUCAUGGUGUUUCAGAUAUUAAAAAAAGACAAAAUAAUCAAAAUAAUCACAAUCAUGGUUAUUCAUCAUUAAAUUCAGAUAUAGAAUCAUUAAAUUCAAUUAGUGAAAUGUCAAUUCAAGAUGAAUCAUUUAUUUCAACUACUCCAAUGGAAGGUGCUCAAGAUACUGAUGGUCAUGAUCCAAUAAUUGUACCAUUAACAACUAAAAAAUUUUAUAUAAUAACUACUACAAUUUUAAUCCUUAGUUAUAUUGUUGCAAUAACAGUUACAAAUUUAGCUCAUGUUUUAGCAUUUGUUGGAUCAACUGGUUCAACAUCAAUUUCAUUUAUAUUACCUGGAUUAUUUGGAUAUUUAUUAAUUAAAUCAGAUCAACCAUUAACUAAUUUAGAAAGAUUUUGUAAAUUUGGUGGAUUAUUUUUAGCAAUUUGGGGUUUUUUAGUUAUGAUUGUUUGUCUAUCAGCAACUAUAUUUUUAGGUACUACUCAUUAA